GAGAGAGCUGCAGGAAAAGGGAACAUCACGCACGGGGUGUCGAUGUGAAAGCAGUUGUUCCUCCACGUCCAGACACCCAUCAAAACUUAUUUUUUACGCGUUAUUUUUAAACGGGUUCCGCCGCCCUCCCCGAGCGUUUUAAACACAGCGUGAAACGGCGGUUUGCUGCACGGGGGAUUUAAUGGGAGUCUUUCAUCGGUAAAGCGCUUCUCCCCCCCUUGACGGACCCUCGCUCGAACCGAACCGGACUCGGGCGCUGUCCUCACCGGGGGGUAUCCGAUCUCAGUUAUAUUUUGACAGCGAAAACAACAUUCCGGAGUCCGGAAUAUGGCAGGAAAUCUGAAGAAAGGUGGGGGGCUUAUUGGCAUGAUGAAGGACGCUUUUCAGCCUCACCAUCACCUCCACCACUCCCAUCAUCAGCCCGGAGCCGUGGACAAAAAGACGGUGGAGAAAUGCUGGAAAUUUAUGGAUAAGGUGGUACGGUUAUGCCAGAACCCCAAAUUGGCUUUGAAGAACAGUCCUCCGUACAUCCUAGACCUGUUGCCAGACACAUACCAGCAUCUCCGCACUAUCCUGUCUCGAUACGAAGGCAAGAUGGAAACGCUAGGCGACAACGAGUACUUCCGUGUUUUUAUGGAGAACUUGACCAAGAAGACCAAACAGACCAUAAGCCUGUUCAAAGACGGCAAAGAACGAAUGUUUGAGGAGAACUCUCAGCCCAGACGGAACCUGACAAAGUUGUCGCUGAUAUUCAGUCACAUGCUUGCCGAGCUCAAAGCCAUCUUUCCUAAUGGUCUGUUUCAAGGGGACAACUUCAGAAUCACCAAAGCGGAUGCCGCAGAGUUCUGGAGAAGAUCGUUCGGGGACAAGACCAUCGUGCCUUGGAAGGUGUUCCGGCAGGCCCUGCACGAGUUUCACCCCAUCAGCUCAGGCCUUGAGGCCAUGGCACUCAAAUCCACCAUCGACCUCACCUGCAACGACUACAUCUCCGUUUUUGAGUUCGACAUCUUCACCAGGCUAUUCCAGCCCUGGUCGUCAUUGUUGAGAAACUGGAACAGCCUGGCAGUGACUCAUCCUGGGUACAUGGCCUUUCUAACCUAUGAUGAAGUCAAAGCUCGUCUGCAAAAAUUCAUCCACAAGCCUGGCAGCUAUAUCUUCAGACUGAGCUGUACAAGGCUCGGACAGUGGGCUAUCGGUUACGUCACGGCUGAUGGAAACAUCUUGCAGACCAUUCCUCAUAACAAACCCCUCUUCCAGGCCCUCAUCGAUGGAUUUAGGGAAGGAUUCUACCUUUUUCCAGAUGGACGCACUCAAAACCCAGACCUCACAGGACUGUGUGAACCUUCACCUCAAGACCAUAUCAAAGUCACACAGGAGCAAUAUGAGCUGUACUGUGAGAUGGGCUCUACCUUCCAGCUGUGUAAGAUCUGUGCUGAGAAUGACAAGGAUGUGAAGAUCGAGCCCUGCGGACACCUCAUGUGCACUUCCUGUCUCACAGCCUGGCAGGAGUCAGAAGGCCAAGGCUGCCCAUUCUGUCGCUGUGAAAUUAAGGGUACCGAGCCCAUUGUCGUUGACCCCUUCGAUCCCAAGGAUCCCAACAGCGCCGCCUCCUAUGGAGGCUGCAGGGGCAUGUUUGGGGCCGAGGGAGCCCCUUCACCCAGCUACGACGAUGAUGAUGAUGACCGUUUAGAGGACUCUCCUUUCAUGAUUAGCAAGCUGGUCGGCUCUAAAGUGGAGAGGCCGCCCUCGCCGAUGUCAAUCACCCCUCAGCCUGUCGUUCCUCCAGUACCUCCUCGGCUGGAUCUGCUUCCUCUCAGACCCACCAACCCUCCAGGGGCCUCAAGUCCAGGGGCCACAUCCAAGGCCCCUUCCCAUCACAAAGACAAGCCAUUACCGCUGCCACCAACUCUAAGGGACCUGCCACCUCCACCUCCACCAGACCGUCCACACCCAGCCGGAGCAGACAACCGUCUCCCAAGACGUCCCCUUCCCAGUACACCCGGAGAAUCAUCUCGGGACAAACUGCCCCCGGCCCCUCCUAACCGCAACAUGCCAGACUGGAACUCCCGGCCCGUACCCAAAGCCCCAUCACAGCCACCAGCAAGCGGAGACACCCGUGGAUCUCGAGAGCUUUCAAACAGGCACUCUCUGCCUCUCCAACUGCCCUCUACUCUCGAUUCCAGAACAGAAGCCCCCAGAAACAACGGCCCUCCCAGCCUCGACCACCAGCUGAGUUUUGGAUCAUCAAAUCCUGGGUCGGAUUAUGAUAGUCCAAAAGUGAAGCCGUCUGCCUCGGCUAAUGCCAUCUAUUCCUUGGCAAUACGGCCUGUCGCAGCAGCGAGAACACAGACAGAGGAGGAAACCAAUGAGAACGACGAGGAGUCUGAGUACAUGACUCCAUCUUCUCGACCAGUGCUGCCCUCUGCUGCAGGGGAGGUUGUGCCCAGACCACCUCCACCACUCUCACUCAGUCCCAGAAGUAUGCUCAAUGAAUUGGAGUCAGAAAGUCCACAGAUGUAUGAAGCCAUGUACAACAUCCAAGCACAGGCCCUCACAGCUUCUGCACCACAGGCCAGAGACUCAGAUUACUCCGAAUUGCCUCCUUUGACUUGCUCUAAUGGCCCGCGGGAUCCUGUCGGUGCAUAUGCUGAGGAGGAAGAGGAGAACAGCUAUGACUAUCCCAAACCUCAUCUGUCUGCAGCCCUAGCCCGACGCACUCUUUCAGAUGCUAACUCGCCAUCCUCAUCCUCAGCCUUCAGCCGCCUCUCCUUAGACAGUGAUCUUGGAGCAGCUGCAACUGUCCUGGACCCCUCCGAAGCCCCCGAGCGGCCUCCUAAGCCAUUGCCUCGUCGCAUCAACUCGGAUCGCAGACCCAGUCCGGUUCCCCCCGGGGCAAGUCCAGGCCCCAGCCAGCAGAUCAGCAGUGAGAUCGAGCACCUCUUGAGCCAGGGAUACUCCCAUCAGGACAUCCAAAAAGCCCUAAUGAUUGCACAGAACAAUAUUGAAAUGGCCAAGAACAUCCUGAGGGAGUUUGUGUCCAUCCCUUCUACUGCACAUAUCUUAACAUAGCGAAACUUCUCCGAGCACCCAGUCGCAGCCCAGGCCACGCUCGCCUCGUAUUCGUCUUGGACUUCAGAAGGGAGUGGCGUGACCCUGCACUCUUGCUCUAGCGAUGGCAAGAGCUCUGUUUCUCCGUAACGCUUCUCGGAUUCUCUGUCCUCCUUCGUGCGCACGGAAGAGCGAGGGGUUUGUUGCGGCCGCUUCUUCAGCCUGAAGCCAACGCAUGUCCCCUGAGGCUUAACAAAGACAAAAAAAAAGACAAAUACAUGUAUGUGUUUAUAUAUGGUUUAAUAUAUAAAUCAGAAUAUUGGUUAUAGUUAAUAUAUACACAUGUAUGUUGGAGAGGCACAGGGUUAGCUGCAGACAUCAGGGUGUGUGAAGUAUUAGGCCUCAGAGUUGGGAUAGCUAAAGGGAGUUCAGUAAACAGCAGACUGCAGCAUUUUCUGGCGUGAAAAAUGGCCUUUACUUGUGUUGCUUCGGUACAUUUUGUUAUUGAGUGUGUGAUUUUUCUUUUUUGGUCUGUCUAGUAGCAUGUCGGUCCCCUCAGCGCAGUUACCAGUUUUAGAAAAAACGCUCAGCCCAAAGUGACCCGUUCUCCGCUUGACCUUGACCUCCAGGGUACUGUGGGAUUAUUAUUAUUUUUUUAAUUCUUUUUAAGAGCGUGGUGGCUGGCUGGCAUCGGAAUUGGGCUCUCCGUCAGCCUUGUUACAUCUGUGUAGCAUUACUGUAACUGUACUGUAAUUCACUUCCCAAAUGUUUUAGGACAGCCAGUCCUUCAAAGUUUCCAAUCGGAAUGCGCUGAUAAAGGGUACACGCGUCUGAUGUCAGGGGGCACGUAACCUGUUUGCUCUAAUCUGAAUGUGUCAUUAGUAUGAUGGUCUCCGACAGACUUUUGUGAAGUAGCGUGUUUACUAAAGAUAGUGUUCUCUAACAGAUUACGGUGUGAGUGGUUGGAGACAAAGUGAAACUGCUUAGUACAACAACAACAACAACAAAAAAAAGAAGUAUUUGCUUAUAAAGGUCCAUGGCCUGGCCAAGUUUCUGUAUUCGGUGGGGACUGAAAUCACUCUUGGGGAGGUUCGGACUUGUGUAUGAAGCUGUUCAUCUUAGAAACCAUUUAAUUUGAUCACCUUAAUAUAUUGUUAUUAUUAAUGUUAUUAUUAUUUGAUUUAUUGUUAUUAAUACAGAAGUGCUUUACUGCUGCUAUUAUUGUUAGUGCUAAACAAUUAAGCCUUAAAUGUACAUUUGUGAAUACUGUGUUUAACCCAUUUUAAAGUGACAGUAUCGGUUGUGUGUGAUUUGGUAAUGUAGCAUACUUGAAAUCAGAAGCAACUUGCGCAGGUGUGAGCCCAGCUGAUUUAUUUUUCUCUGUGUGUAUAUGUGUGUGUGUUUGUUUGUGUGCGUGAACAUGGGAUGUCUGUUGUCAUCCAGGUACGUUGCAUUUUUGCUUGAAAUACUUGCGUUGUCAUAGAAAUGGUGAAAUGCAUCUUGAGGCUCAUCGCAGAAGGCCUUAUUUCUGUUCUUACGUUGUCCUGCGAGGCUUUGGUGUUUACCUGUCACCGAUUGGAAUGAUCUUUUAGCGACAGCCCUCUUCAAGCCAUGAUCGCAGUGCCCAUAGUCCGCCUGCUGUUAGGGAGAAGGUGCAUCCUGAUCUCCCCUUUGUACUCAGGAAUACCGUACAUUACAACAGAAUCUACAUUAGUGACUACAGCCAGUGCAAGACUCUCAUGCUCAGGGUGAGGAAUAACGCAAGACUACUAAAGUCUCUCUUAAUGACUCGUUGUUUCCCAAUAGGGUUCUUAAAGAUGGACAGUUCACUCAAAAAUGAAAUGAGUUAUUUAUUUGCCUUCAGAGAUAUACUGUAGGUGACUAAUUUUUAAGUGGAAGAUGAAAGAUUUAAGCUGAAACGGUGGUUGAUGGGAGACUAAAUGCUAGCACUUUAAAGGGAUAGUCCACCCAAAAAUGAAAUUUACUCACCCUGAAGAUGUUCGAAUAAACAACAGAUUGAAUAAAAAAGUUUGAAUGAAGAUUGAAUGAAAGUUGAAAACCAGUAACCAUUGACUUCCAUAGAAGAAAAUAUAAAUACUAUGAAAGUUAAUGUUCACAGUGUUCAACUUUUUUUGUUCAAUAGAGGAAAAAAGGUUUGAAAGAAGUAAUUGAUGACAGAAUAUACAUUUUGAGUGAACUAUCCCUCCUUUAAGUGUCAAAAACAUACAGUUUAUACAGGCAUAACAAAAUUAAUACAAAUCCUGACCACACAGUGAAGAAGCUCGUGCUCCAAACUAUUUGAUUUCACUCAGGACUUCUGAGAAUGAGAAUUAUUAACGGUUAUGUUGUAAAUAAUGUUUAUGCGUAGACCAAUUCUUUUGCUUCAUAAGUCCUUGGCUUGCAUUUUAAACAAUCACCAAUGGGGGAAAAAAAAGUCACCUACAUCCUGAAUGGCCUGAAGAUGAUGUAUAUAAACGUAGAUUUUAUUUAUUUGUUUUGGUGAACUAUCCCUUUAUUUCACAGGUCUCAAACUCGGUUCCUGGAGGGCCGCAGCUCUGCAUGGUUUUGCACCAACCCUAUCAAACACAGCUGAUCCAAAUAAUUGAGGUGUUCAAAACAGUCAUAACCAGCUUCAUUAGUGGGAUCAGCUGUGUUUGAUCAGGGUUGGAGUAAAACUGUGCAGUGCUGCGGCCCUCCAGGAAUUGACUUUGAGAUGCUCUAUAUAGUAUAGUUCGCACCAAAAUUGUAAAUGGUAUCAUUGACUCGCUCUCAUGUCUUUCUGAACUCAUUUCCCCUGUGGAAAUAGUUUGUUUGGCAAUGGGGUCCAAAAAUAAAUAGAUUCCCUACAUGGAUAAAAUAUAGUCUGGAAAUCGAUCUCAAAUUAAAGUCAUACUAGUUUUGGAUGACAUGAGCAUAAACAAAUGAUGCACUUUUAAAAAAAAAAACUUGAGUGAACUUUAAUAUUUCAAGCCGUUGUCUGUUAUUGCACCAGCACAUCUGAAUGCACUAGUAACUCCAUUAAAGUGAGUCUGGAGGAGUCACGAUUGUUGUCGCGUGGCCCAGUUUUAGUCUCUACUAGCCCCUAGUGUUCUUGAGAGUGUUGCACCGGGAUUGCAGGUACUUCCACGUCUCAGUCUUGUAGGUACACGAAUAACCUUGAGAGCUUACGAUACGUCGAGCUGUUUAUUUAACAGUGUUAACUCUCGGUUUUGUAGUUACUGUUGCCUUGAAGCAUAUGAUGGUUUAAUACUUGUUUUUGCUUCUUCUUUGUUUGUUUUUUACUGCACCAUAUGAAGUCUAGAGAUGAGAAGGUUAUACACUUUUGUUUUUUUAACCAUUUUGUUCGUUUUACUGUACUACUAUUGUGUGAUGGACGCGUGUGAGUUUGUACAAUAUUUUGGCACAGCGUACCAAUUUGUGCUAUGAUACUGUCACUUUAAAAUCAACGUGUGUAAAGUUACUUAUACAUAGAAUACAUGGAAACGGCAAUGUUUUGUUUCAUUUUUGCAUUCCUGUACAUGUCAGAAUUUUAUUUUUGUUUACUGAUGUGAAUAUUACUGUGAGCAGUGCCAUAUGUUUAGAAAUGUCCGUAAUUUUGUUCUGCAACCCAGAUGAAAAAAAGGCCUUGUUUAGUGUAAAGAGUGAACGAAAUCCCUCACGAACUCUUUGGGAAACGUUUCCAUCGUCGCUUCUGUUGGCUUUGGUCAGUGACAUCAUGGUGAAUCUCUGUCUGUUUACUGGAAUGUCUCGAAUCAGACCACAAGAGGGAGCUCUCUCCUCAUUUUGCCAUAACUUGCCUGAGUGUUUCAGGGUUUCUUUUUGUGCUAAUUCUCAUAUCACUUUGGAAGUAUGCACAGCGCUAUACUGUUAAUUAAAACAAUAGAACAAA